AUGUCUCACUGCCACGACGAGCACGUCGGCCACGGCGGUCACGACCAUGACCAUGAGCACGACCACUCGGACGACAUCACUCCCGCAGUGCAGCACUCUCUGUACAGCCAGAUCAACUUUGACCACAUUGUGACGCUCAACGAAGCGCAGCGGGACGUCGGGCAGGCUGUCGUCAAGAAGACGUGGCAGGAGAGGCUCAGCGUGGAGCCUGAGCUGGCGAGCGACGUGGAUGAGCAGCUCCUUAUGACGGUGCCAUUCACUUCUCAGAUCAAGCUUCACUCCAUCCUCAUCCGCACUUCCCCCUCCGCCUCAGCCCCCAAGACCCUGCACCUCUUCAUCAACCGCGACGACAUCGACUUUGCCGCCGCCGAAGAGCUCGACCCCGUGCAGACCCUCGAGCUCUCCCAGACGGGCGAACUCCAGGAAGUCCCCGUUCGCCGGGCGCUGUUCGGCAAGGUCCAGCGUCUGGUGCUCUUCUUCCCCGACAACUUUGGCGACGGCGACGAGGACGUCACGAGGGUCUCGUACAUUGGGUUCAAGGGCGAGUGGACGCAGCUUGGAAGGGCGCCGGCUAAUAUUAUUUAUGAGGCUGCGGCGCAGCCUGGGGAUCACAAGAUCAAGGGGACGAGUGUGAAUCAGAUGGGGAGUGGGAUUGGGGGGAGGGGACCUGGAGCGUAG